UAUCGCUCAAAUAUCCACCCCAAAAAUCCGAACCCUUGACCCUCCUCCUCUCUCCCUUCUCCAACCUAAUGUCUUCCAAAAAAGGCGGACUAUCACUACCCGACCGCCCCGGCGCCGGUGCCGGCGACGGAAUCAUCUCUAGGGUUUCAUCAUCCAUAUCUCAAUCUCCGAUCGUGUACCAAGGCAAGCGAGCUGCAUCUGACGCCGCCUUAAUCGCCAAAAAACUUCUCAAAAGCACCGGAAAAGCCGCGUGGAUCGCUGGAACCACUUUUCUGAUACUCGUAGUUCCGCUCAUUAUCGAGAUGGAUCGCGAUGCGCAGCUCACUGAGCUCGAGCUGCAACAAGCUAGCUUGUUGGGUACACCUCCUCCGCCUUCUGCUGCUGGAGGUCCAAAGUGAGAAUUUUCGUUUUCAGUUUUUCUGCCUUUAGGUGAGAUAAUUCAGAGUAUGAAGUUCUAUUUUAGAGUUUUAGGGACUUUGCAAUAAUAUGAUGCUAUGGAAUUUUGAAAUUUAGGGUUUUGGGCCUUCUGGCUUCCAGCUUAUUUAAUGAGCUGGACCGAUUUAAUCUUUCCGUCUUGAUGAUGUAACGAAUUAUAUCCGAGCUAUUACAUUCUCCAUUACUAUGUUCUCAAACGCAGGAAUACACAGGCUUUUGGAGCAAA